GACAGCUCAAAGAGGAACAGAAAGUUGUAGUUGCGUAGCUUCAUACAUCGAUAUCUGAUUUCAGUACGGAGGCUGUCCCUAGUCCAUUUUGUGACUAAGCCGCUACAGAAACUGCCGGUAUCUGUCCAGACAGGCGUGUCUGUCUCUUUGCCCUUAUGUGGAAGGCGGAAGCGGAGCACCUGUGAGCCGACGUCACACAUUGAAAAUACCUGCUGCGACUGGUCCGCUCAACUAGUAUACUGCAGUUCGACUCAACUCAACUACGGCGCAAGCACCUGCUCGGGAAUAUACGAAUUAAAAUUGAAUCGUUAGCAUUUCAAAGAGAGUUUUUGGAGACUUCCAGGCAGAUGAGGACCGCCACGUUCGCGGUGUGGGGAACUUUGUUCGUCGUUCUUCAGGCUUUGGCUGUUGUUUCCACUGAAGAGCAAUCAUGUGUACCUGGGUUUCAGUCAGACAUGAAAGUUUUCACAGUGAGCAGAAAGCACCUACCAAGGGGCACACUGUUGGGCAAAGUGGACUUCACAGACUGCUCAGAUCGCACGAGAUUUCGUUUUAGAAGUGAAGAUUCACGUUUCACGGUACAAACUGAUGGUGUCUUGAAGGUAAACAGACCGGUUUCUCUUCAUGAAGCCCAACUUGACUUUAUGAUUCACACUUGGGACUCUCAAGGGCACAUGAUGACCAUUCCUGUCAGGGUAUUCCUUGAUGGCAGCCAACGCCAAAAUGCUCCGCGUAUUCCAGAGAGCAUAGACGAUGCAGAGGUGCCAGUUCUGCAUUUCGCAAAGUCAAACGGAGGAUUAAGGAGGCGGAAGAGAGACUGGGUUAUUCCCGACAUUAAUGUUGCGGAGAAUGACAGAGGUCCUUAUCCCCUCAAAGUAUCUCAAAUUAGGUCAAAUGAGGACAAAGUAAAGAAGAUAUUUUACAGCAUCACUGGUCCAGGAGCUGAUCAGCCUCCUGCUGGCCUUUUCACCAUGGACAGAGACACUGGCAAUCUUUAUCUCACACAACCACUGGACAGGGAGAAGCAGCCCAAAUAUUUUUUUAAAGCGUAUGCGGUGGCAGAUGGUUCUGGAAAUGCUGAGGAGCCCAUGGAAAUUAUUGUCAAUGUAAUUGACCAGAAUGACAACAAACCUGUUUUUGAAAAGGAUACCUUCUUGGGAGAAGUGGCUGAGGCAUCACCAAAAGGAUUUGAGAUCAUAAAGGUGAAUGCCACAGAUGCGGAUCAGGAAAACCAUGACAACUCUGAUCUCCGUUACAGUAUUGUCAGCCAAGAUCCAGAGUCACCUGCACCAAACCUUUUUCUCAUCAAUCCUGUGACUGGAGUCAUCAGAAUCAAUGCUGGUGGCUUAGACAGAGAGAAAAAUCCCAGAUACACCCUAAGAGUGCAAGCAGCUGACAUGUUGGGGAAUGGGUUGAUUGGAGAGGCAAAAGUUAUUCUCACUGUGACGGACAGCAAUGACAAUGCUCCAGUAUUCACCCAAAACUCGUAUGAUGCAAGCAUUGAAGAAAAUAGAGUGGACGUUAUCGUCAUGAAAAUGACAGUAACAGAUGGUGAUGAGCCUCAUUCCCCAGCCUGGAACGCAAAGUUCAAGAUUCUUGGUGGUGAUCCCUCAAACAUGUUCUCUGUGGAAACCGGAAGCAACAAGAAUGAGGGAAUCAUCACUACUGUCAAGGGUCUGGACUUUGAGAAGAAUAGCAAGCACACGCUGUUGAUAGCAGUGGAGAAUGAAGUUCCUUUUGCCACCCCAAUGCCCACCUCCACAGCCACGGUGAUUGUAAAUGUGAUCGAUGUUAACGAGGCCCCGGUCUUUGAUCCUGUGGAGAAACUUGUGUCCAAACGGGAAGACCUUCCUAUCGACGCUGAUGUGGUGCAGUACAUUGCUUCAGACCCAGACAUUGCACGCAAACAGAAAGUCAUGUAUAAAAUAGUUAGUGACCCAGCCGGCUGGUUGAAUGUGGCCAAAGAUACAGGCCUGGUCACAGUGAAGAAUGCGAUGGACAGAGAGUCUAUCUUUGUCAAGGACAACAAAUACACAGCACUCAUUGGUGCAUAUGACAAUGAUGAAGUUCCAGCCACAGGAACGGGUACACUGAUGAUCCUCCUUGAAGAUGUUAAUGACAACGCACCCACAAUCGAGGAACGCGCAUUUACGGUGUGCAACAAAAAACCUGUUCCUCAGUUGCUGUCAGUAACUGAUAAAGAUGGGCCUGGCUUUGCUGCUCCUUAUAGAGUCGCAUUAGAAGGCAUGUCAAAGAACAACUGGACUGCUCGAAUGAACGCCUCCAAAACGGGUAUUAUCUUGAACUUGGCCACGGAGCUGCCAAGUGGAGAAUACACUGUGGUUCUUCGAGUGGCGGACAACCAGGGUUUGGAGCAGGACAGCACGGUUCAGGCCAAAGUGUGUGACUGCACUGGGGAAGAAGUGGUGUGCAAAGGACGAGUGGCGGGCGGCACCGACCUGCCUGUUAUCCUGGGAAUUCUGGGAGGAAUCCUUUUGCUUCUCUUGUUGCUGCUACUCCUGCUGCUGUUUGCAAGACGGCGAAGGGGGGAAUCAAAGGAGCCUUUACUGCAGGAAGAUGAUAUCCGGGACAACAUCUACUACUAUGACGAAGAGGGAGGUGGAGAGGAUGAUCAGGACUAUGAUCUUGGUGUUCUCCACCAAGGUUUGGACAACCGCCCUGAGGUGUUCAGGAACGAUGUGAAGCCCAUCUUCCUGACGGCUCCGCAGUACAGGCCUCGUCCCGCCAACCCGGAGGAUAUUGGCAACUUCAUUGACGAUAACCUGAAGGCUGCCGACAAUGACCCUACAGCGCCCCCCUAUGACUCCCUGCUGGUGUUUGACUUUGAGGGAGGUGGCUCUGAUGCAGGAAGCCUGUCCUCUCUUAACUCGUCCAGCAGCGGCGACCAGGACUAUGACCACCUCGGGGACUGGGGGCCUCGCUUCAAAAAGCUCUCUGACAUGUUCGGGGGAGGCGAAGAUGACGACAUGCUGUAAAUGGACCAGAGAGCAGAAUGGAUGGAGAACGCACGAGAGAAUGAAUGGAUUGUGCCUGAAUUUGAGUUUCAUGUAAGCAUGGACUGUUUAUUAGAAACAUUCAGACUGUUAACGGCACAUUCCUGUUGCCAGUAACAGACACUGUACGGAAACCAAAGGCGGCUUGCUUAGUUUUGUCUUUUAGUAAUGCCCCGUUUUGGAAAAGCUACACCUAAUUUCAAUUCCAUUUCGACAUCCAGGUUUGAUACGAAAGGCUUGUUUUUGUUUGUUGAGUGUGUUUAAAGAGCCAUAAGUGUUGAACGGGUAUUGUUGCAGUCGAUAGGGUGACCCUAGAAACUUGCAGAUGCAGCACUGGUAAAAUCCAAACUUUAUUGCAGCAAUGACUUAUUUCUUCACGGUGC